AUGGUGAGUGGGAGGAAUCUGAAACGCGUGCAUUUCAUUAACAGAACAUUACUCGGAAGACAGCGUAAGGUAGUGGAUAUGGGAACAGAGGAUAGGAACGAAUACGUGGAUAUCGGCGAAGAUGAGCUGCUGGUGCAGUCAAAGUACAUGACGGAGACCAUCGAGGAACGAAACGAUUUGAUCCGCGCAUGCGCCAAACUAUACAAAGAGGCCGGGGGGAGCGUGCCAGCCUUGCGGGUGUCCGCCCAUCAGAAAUUGGUCGAGUGGCCCCUAAGGUCCCCGAUGCCGGCGCAGUUCACCACGCUAGACGCGGCGCAGCCGUGGGUGCUAUACUGGACGGCUAACGCGUUGACGCUGACAGGAAGCGAUUUGGUGGACCAGGAGAUGCAGCAGCGCCUGGUGAAGAAGCUGGAGGCUCUGUUCACCUCGCUAGGAUACGCAGGCGGUCUGCACCAGUUACCGAACAUCGCGUGCACCUACGCGGCGAUUGAGACCUUUGUACUCUGUGACAGCAGUCCGGACGCAUGGUCGCGGAUCAACCGCGUGGCGCUGUAUCAGUUUCUAUUGCGGCUCAAGGAGCCCGAGGGCGGCUUCCGCACAGUCUGCCCGGUUGGGGAAGUCGACGCGCGCGCGAUGUACACGGUGCUGAGCGUGGCGUCGCUGCUGCAGAUACUCACGCCCGAUCUUGCCAAGGGUUGUGCAGACUUUCUGCUUGGCUGCCAGACAUACGAGGGCGGGUUCGGCGCGUGCCCAGGGGGGGACGAGGCGCACGGUGGCUACACCUUCUGCGCAGUCGCCGCGCUGGCCAUCAUUGGCGCGCUAGACCGGGCAGAUACCCGGGCCUUGCUAGACUGGUGCAGCGCCCGCCAGAAAAACGAGGAGCGUGGCCUGUCGGGACGCACCAACAAGCUCGUUGACAGCUGCUACUCGUUCUGGGUCGGCGGCACCGCCGCAAUCCUCGAGGCCUACGGCUAUGGCGAGUGCAUCGACAAGGAUGCAAUGGCCUCAUACCUCCUGACUUGCUGUCAGGAUACAUACGGGAUGCGCGACAAACCUGGCAAGCCUGCAGACUUCUAUCACACCAACUACGCUCUGCUAGGCCUCGCCGUGACACAAUACAAUUUUGCCGCUGGCGAGACCCCAGCAGACAUUGAGUGCACUCCGAUCGGCACGCCUGAUAUCUGCCCAAUAAACCCAGUAUAUGGGCUGCCAGCUAAGAAUGUCCGUAGCUUUGUAGCGCACUUCCGUCAGGCAUAA